CUCCCAGAUGAGCACUCUCUCAGACCGCUGCGGGCCGCCAGGCGCCGGGAAUGUCCCCUGAAUGCGCGCGGGCAGCGGGCGACGCGCCCUUGAGCAGCCUGGAGCAAGCCAACCGCACCCGCUUCUCCUUCUUCUCCGACGUCAAGGGCGACCACCGGCUACUGCUGGCCGCAGUGGAGACAACCGUGCUGGCGCUCAUCUUUGCAGUGUCGCUGCUGGGCAACGUGUGCGCCCUGGUGCUGGUGGCGCGCCGACGACGCCGCGGCACGACUGCCUGCCUGGUGCUCAACCUCUUCUGCGCCGACCUACUCUUUAUCAGUGCGAUCCCUCUGGUGCUGGCCGUGCGCUGGACCGAGGCAUGGCUGCUGGGCCCCGUUGCCUGCCACCUGCUCUUCUACGUGAUGACCCUGAGCGGCAGCGUCACCAUCCUCACGCUGGCCGCGGUCAGCCUAGAGCGCAUGGUGUGCAUCGUGCACCUGCAGCGCGGCGUNAGGGGUCCUGGGCGGCGGGCGCGGGCAGUGCUGCUGGCGCUCAUCUGGGGCUACUCGGCGGUCGCCGCUCUGCCUCUCUGCGUCUUCUUCCGAGUCGUCCCGCAACGGCUCCCCAGCGCCGACCAGGAAAUUUCGAUUUGCACACUGAUUUGGCCCACCAUUGCUGGAGAGAUCUCGUGGGACGUGUCUUUUGUUACUUUGAACUUCUUGGUGCCAGGACUGGUCAUUGUGAUCAGUUACUCCAAAAUUUUACAGACCUCAGAACAGCUCCUGGAUGCAAGAGCUGUCAUGACUCACAGUGCGAUCACAAAGGCAUCAAGGAAGAGGCUCACAGUAAGCCUGGCCUACUCGGAGAGCCACCAGAUCCGCGUGUCCCAGCAGGACUUCCGGCUGUUCCGAACCCUCUUCCUGCUCAUGGUCUCCUUCUUCAUCAUGUGGAGCCCCAUCAUCAUCACCAUCCUCCUCAUCCUGAUCCAGAACUUCAAGCAAGACCUGGUCAUCUGGCCGUCCCUCUUCUUCUGGGUGGUGGCCUUCACAUUUGCUAAUUCAGCCCUAAACCCCAUCCUCUACAACAUGACACUGUGCAGGAAUGAGUGGAAGAAAAUUUUUUGCUGCUUCUGGUUCCCAGAAAAGGGAGCCAUUUUAACAGACACCUCUGUCAAAAGAAAUGACUUGUCAGUUAUUUCUGGCUAA